AUGUUCUACAUGCAUUUGCUGGUCAACAAGCGUGGGCCGUUGGCCAAGAUCUGGCUUGCUGCCCACUGGGAGAAGAAGCUCACCAAGACUCAUAUAUUUGAGUGCAAUUUAGAGACAACUGUUGAAAAGAUCAUCUCACCAAAGUUCACAAUAGCUCUGCGAACCUCUGGACACUUACUCCUGGGAGUGGUGCGGAUUUACCACAGGAAAGCAAAGUACCUCUUGGCAGAUUGUAGUGAAGCUUUGACAAAAAUGAAGGCAGCCUUUCGCCCAGGACUUGUUGACCUUCCAGAAGAGAACAUUGAAGCUGCUUAUCAGUCCAUUACCUUACCUGAAGAAUUUCAUGAUUUUGAAACGCCACUGCCUGAUUUAAAUGCCAUUGAUGUUGCUGAACAUUUUACCUUGAAUCAGAGCAGAGCUGAAGACAUCACACUAACAGAGGAUUACGAAAGCAAUAUACUUCUCUGUGAUAGAAACUUCGAUGAAGAAGCAGAUGCACUAAGAAAACAGAGCGGCUCUGAUGUCAGCAUCCUGACGAGCAGUAACAGUCUCCUGGCUGAUCACAACUCUGGGAGUGUGAAUGGAGAGAAGUCUGCACCGCAGGCAGACAGUUACUGUUUUGAGAACGACUGUUUUGGAGACGAGGAGGAUGCUGCAGAUAUGAUUGAAAUCCUGUUGAGGGAUGAACAAAAUGGCCAAGAUAAAGACAUUGUUGAUAUGGAGGAGGAGCAUCCUUUGUCACAAGAUCUGCCAGAGAACGGCACAGCCAUUGAGUCCAACUGUGCAGACACCACCGUUAAGGAAGUCAGUCACCUCAUGAAUGAAACAGCCCUUCUCUUGAAAGAAGAGGAAGGAUUUGUGCUUGAGCCGGUUGAUGAUACAGCUGUCAACCAGAGGAAAAAAAAUAAAAGAAAGAGGAAGUUGCUUGUGGAUGUAGAGAAGGAACUCAGCUGCAACAUUAUAUACAACCAACUUAACAACUGCACAGACAUCCUGGCUACUUUAGACCUCGCACCUCCAACCAAAAAAACAAUGAUGUGGAAGAAAUCAGGAGGUGUGGAUAAACUCCUGUCCCACGCCACGCAGCCCGUGGUUCACGCCGCGCUGCAGAUGUUGUUUGCAAAAUGCUUCAAGAGUCCCAGAUUUACGAUGAGAAGAAAUGGAAUACAGAGAGAGUCUGAAAUGGAAGAAAUAAGGAAAGAGCAAGAUACCACAGAGAUGCUGACAGUAGAAGAGCCAAGUUACCUGCAGGAGUCAGCUCAUUCAGAGACUGAGAGAAAAGUUAGAAAUGAUUCGGUUAUGUUGGCAUCACAGAAUAACAGAAAUGAAACUGGUGACAACUGUGGUGAAACUAUACAGAAUGGAACGGCUUUCUCCGAGAGCUCCUCGCUGGUGAACAAUUCACUGGGCCAAGAAGCUGGAGCGCAGCAAGCUGAGUUAACCAACGAGCUAACAAAGAACAGGAAGGACAGUGAAGAAAUAAGGUGGAGCAAAAGAACUCUUCAGUUAUUAAAAACUUUACAGCACCUGAGGAGAUCAGGCGUGUGUUCUUUCAGCUUACGGGAGUUCUGCCGGAAAAACAACCGGAAAGAAGCUGCGGCCAAGUUCUACAUUUUUCUCUUUCUGAAGAAGCAGUUGGUUAUUGAGCUUCAGCAGAGCGCUCCCUUCGCUGACAUCACAGCCACCCUCGGCCCAAUGUUCAACGCUCACUGA